CCGACGAGUGUGCAAGAGUGUAAAAUGACUGUGGUGAUUGGAUUUGAGGGCAGUGCUAAUAAGAUUGGCAUUGGCAUAGUGAAAGAUGGGGAAGUCCUGUCAAACCCCAGACGCACAUAUAUCACCCCACCUGGCCAAGGGUUCCUACCUGGUGAGACUGCCAAACACCAUCGUAGUGUCAUUCUCACUGUCCUCCAGGAGGCGCUAGAUGAGGCCGGGCUCAAACCUGCAGAUAUUGACUGUGUGGCGUAUACCAAAGGGCCUGGAAUGGGGGCUCCUCUGGUGACAGUGGCGAUUGUGGCCCGGACAGUCGCUCAGUUGUGGGGGAAGCCACUGCUGGGGGUGAAUCACUGUAUCGGGCACAUUGAGAUGGGCCGCUUGAUCACCAGAGCCCAAAAUCCCACCGUGCUUUAUGUGAGUGGAGGUAAUACUCAGGUUAUUGCAUAUUCUGAACGACGUUACAGGAUAUUUGGAGAAACUAUAGACAUUGCUGUGGGAAACUGCCUGGACCGGUUUGCCAGGGUCAUCAAGAUAUCAAAUGAUCCCAGUCCCGGUUACAACAUUGAACAGAUGGCAAAAAAGGGCACACAGUACAUAGAGCUGCCGUAUACAGUGAAGGGCAUGGAUGUGUCAUUUUCUGGGAUCUUGUCCUACAUAGAGGAAGCUGCUCACAAAAUGUUGAGUACAGUUCAGUGCACGCCUGAGGAUCUGUGUUUCUCCCUACAAGAGACUCUGUUUGCUAUGCUGGUGGAGAUCACAGAGAGAGCGAUGGCUCACUGCGGCUCUCAGGAAGUUUUGAUUGUUGGAGGAGUAGGCUGUAACCUGCGUCUGCAGGAGAUGAUGGGAGUCAUGUGUAAAGAGAGAGGUGCUCGACUCUUUUCCACAGAUGAGAGGUUUUGUAUAGACAAUGGUGCAAUGAUUGCACAGGCCGGUUGGGAAAUGUUUCGCUCGGGUUACGUCACAGAGUUACCAGAUUCCUGGAUAACACAAAGGUACAGAACAGAUGAAGUGGAGGUCACAUGGCGAGACUGAUAUUUGUGGCAAUUUUGAACCGAUUAUUUAUGGAUUUCAGUGGCACUAAAUAACAUGGUCAAUUUCCUUAGUAUGAGGUUUUUAAUAAGGCCUUGAACAAUAUGUAGAUCUUAAAUGAUUUAACUAAACAUUUGUCACAUCAGUAUCAGAAAAUCUUAAGUUUCAUACCCCAGUUGAAAUCGUCAAGGCAGAUUUUUCUUUGUCUUGUAUUUUUUGUACAGACAUUUAGUGAAAAAUAAUACAAAAGAGUGUUUGUAUAAAAUUGUUUAAUAAAACCUAUUGAAUUUCUGCCUCUUCUGCUGUAUGCACAAUGACCAAAUACUUGCUUUACAUUUAACAGUGCUUAAAAUGUCUUUAUUCAACAGUUAGAUCCAGUCCACUACUAUGAUUGAACAAGCAGCGCUCCAAGCUUGUCCAAGUUCACAACAUAGAAAUCUAAUGCUAGACAAUGCUUUUGCUUCUUUUGGAACUAUUUUAAUUGGCAGAGCAAAAAUAAACAAAAAAGCUAGCUAUAAUGUGUCUGAAUUGUGUUAAAUGUGACAGCCCUGUAAUCCGCUCCAACAUGAUUCAAUAUAGUUGUACUAGAGAUGCACCGAUACCAGUUUUUGAAGACCAACUGAAUCUCCCUGAAUUGGGAGAGUACAUUUUUUUAACUAG